AAUUUGACGAUCGUUGACACAGAAGAUGCAUACAACAAUAUCUUGAUUUAAACAAGUGAAAAAUCUAUGAAAGCCUUGUUGGCCUCAAAGGCCUUUGUAAGACAGUUUGAUGGAUGAGUCAACCUACACCUGUGUACUUCAAAGCCACCUGAGUGGCAGACACAGCGUUCAUCUGGACGACGUUGCUGACUGCUACUGCUUCUUCUCCUCAGAGCCUGGUCAGACUCCUCACAUCACUCUGAGCAGGGCCAAGUGGCUCAGCACCUCUAGUCUCUUACAGGCCAAAAGGAGAGGUUGGAACAAGGCCUCUUUCUCCAUGGAUGUGCCAGAAGUGCAUGAUGGGUACUCCAGCGCCGAGGACCCCAUGAACUCUGACCCUGAGGAUGAGGGAGGCAGGAAGCUGGCUGUCGGCAACAGGUUCACAGUGGUGGCGGACUAUGAGAAGGAGAAAGGAGGGCCUCAGGACCUGUCAGUGAAGAGUGGAGACAUGGUGCAGCUCAUUAAAGAGGGAGGUGACGGACAGUGGUUUGUUAGAAACUUGGGGAGCAACAAAGAUGGCUGGGUAGCAGCAGCCAACCUUCUCACCCUCAUCACAGAGUCCAAGUCCUCACAGUCCCUCUGCAGCUCAGAGGGCAGUGUAACUGGCAACCUCAACACCUCCUCCAGCUGCAGUGAAACCUACACAAGUUUCUCUGACAUCAAGCCCUAAAGUCCUGCCCCCUCUAAGCCCUGAGACACAGCUACAGCGCCACCCAGUGGUUGGCUGUUCAAACGACACGUGCACUUUUCCCCUCUACUACUGUUCAAAUCAAAUCAAAUUGUAUUUAUCACAUGCGCAGAAUACAACUGGUGUAGCCUUUACAGUGAAAUGCUUGCACACGUUAGUUUACAUUACAGUCCAUAGAUACUUCACUCUCAUACUGAAGUGGAGGCUGCCUGGAAUGUAGCAGAAAGCAGUCUAAUAGCUGCUUAUCUGUCAAUGUGAAGGGAAGGUAAUGAAUGCUUUCCUCUGAACAUACUCUACUCUCAGGGAUAAGAGGUAGUGUCCUAGUCUUUUACUGUGAUUGAGGGCUAGCACACAUUGAGAACAGGAAGUUCAGGCCUCUCCCCUACCUGUUUGACAGAGAUGAACAAGGAAGGACACACCCGCUCCAUUCACACACACACAGGCAGGCUUUGUUAGCCUAGCGCGGUACCGCUCCUCCCACUCCAACAAGGUGACAGUGAUAUGGAGCCAGGAGCUCCUCUACUGAACUCAACACUUCAACAGACAAACAAACAGACGCCUCAGUCUCUCUCCUGUGGACUCUGGUAACCAGUUGUGUCAUAAAAU